AUGCCAAGUUUGGUCCGGGCUCUAGUUGCCUGGAGCUGGCUGGCGCUGUGCGUCCGCGCCGCUAUGGACGAGUGCUCGGACGAGCAGGGCAGACCGCAGCGCUGCAUGCCCGAGUUCGUUAACGCCGCGUUCAACGUGACGGUGGUGGCGACCAACACCUGCGGCUCCCCGCCCGAGGAGUACUGUGUGCAGACGGGCGCCACCGGGGUCACCAAGUCGUGCCAUAUCUGCGACGCCCGCGACCCACGGAACCACCACAACGCCGUGUACCUGACCGACUACAACAACCAGCAGGACACCACCUGGUGGCAGAGCCAGACCAUGCUGGCGGGCAUCCAGUACCCGAACUCCAUCAACCUCACCCUGCACCUUGGCAAGGCCUUCGACAUCACCUACGUCCGGCUCAAGUUCUAUACCAGCCGCCCGGAGAGCUUUGCCAUCUACAAGCGGAGCAGCGAGGGGGGCCCCUGGGUGCCGUACCAGUACUACAGCGGCUCCUGCGAGAAGACAUACCAGAAGGACAGUCGAGGCUUCAUCCGCACCGGAGAGGACGAGCAGCAGGCGCUCUGCACCGAUGAGUUCAGCGACAUCUCACCGCUCACCGGCGGGAAUGUGGCCUUCUCCACACUGGAGGGGCGUCCCAGCGCCUACAACUUUGACCACAGCCCCGUCCUGCAGGACUGGGUGACGGCCACCGACAUCAGUGUGGCCUUGAACAGGCUCAACACGUUUGGAGACGAGGUGUUCAACGACCCCAAGGUCCUCAAGUCCUACUACUACGCCAUCUCCGACUUCGCUGUGGGAGGAAGGUGCAAGUGUAACGGCCAUGCCAGCGAGUGUGUGAAGAACAGCAGAGGGCGGCUGGUGUGUAACUGCAAACAUAAUACGGACGGCGAUGACUGCAACAUCUGCAAGCCGUUCUACAACGACCGGCCGUGGAGGAGAGCGACCACCGACAGCGCCAACGAGUGUCUGCCCUGCAACUGUAAUGGGAAAAGCUCAGAGUGUUACUUCGAUGCAGAGCUGUACCGGGCCACGGGUCACGGGGGUCACUGCAGGAACUGUGCCGACAACACCGACGGCCCCAACUGUGAGCGCUGCCUCGACUACUACUACAGGGAGCAGAGCGGCCGCUGCCUGCCCUGCGGCUGCAACACCAUCGGCUCGGAGUCUCCUCAGUGCAACAACAGAGGGGUGUGUGCGUGUAAACCAGGAGUGACUGGGGAGAAGUGCGACCGCUGCCAGCCGGGGUACCACAGUCUGACCGAGGCCGGCUGCAGGCCGUGUUCAUGCUCGCCCUCCGGCAGCACUCAGGAGUGUGACGUCCACACAGGACAGUGUCGCUGUAAAGACAACGUAGAGGGCUUCAGCUGCGACAGGUGUAAACUGGGUUUCUUCAACUUGGACCCCAACAACCCUCAGGGCUGCACCCCCUGCUUCUGCUUCCAGCACUCGUCUGUGUGCGACAGUGCUGAAGGCUUCAGCGUCCACACCAUCAGCUCGUCCUUCCACAGAGAUGACGAGCAGUGGAGCGCACAGCAGCGUGAUGGAUCCAGAGUCCCGGUCCAGUGGUCUCCCAGCAAACAGGAAAUCUCACUCAUCUCAGACGACUACUUCCCCAUGUACUUCAUAGCCCCAGCCAAGUUUCUGGGCAACCGGCUGCUGAGUUAUGGACAGAACCUGAGUUUGAGCUUCCGCGUGGAGCGGCGCGACACCCGCCUGUCGGCAGAGGAUCUCGUUCUAGAGGGCGCCAAUCUGAGGGUGGCCGUCCCCCUGAUUGCCCAGGGCAAUGCCUACCCCAACGAGGAGAAGCAGACAUACGUGUUCAGGCUCCAUGACAGCACCGACUACCCCUGGAGGCCGACCAUCAGCCACUCCGACUUCCAGAAACUUCUCCACAACCUGACGUCCAUCAAGAUCCGCGGCACCUACAGCGAGAAGAGUGCUGGUUACCUUGACGACGUCUCCUUGGUGACGGCGAGGCGGGGCCCGGGUGUGCCGGCCCGCUGGGUGGAGCAGUGCACCUGUCCUCAGGGUUACCACGGUCAGCACUGUGAGCAGUGCACUCUGGGAUACCGCCGCGCCCAACCAGCACUCGGGGCCUUCAGCGCCUGUGAGCCCUGCAACUGUAACGGACACAGCGAAGCCUGCAACCCCGUCACAGGAGCCUGCGACUGUCAGCACAACACAGCUGGUUUGAGCUGUGAGCGCUGCGAAGACGGUUUCUAUGGCGACGCCACACAGGGGACUUCAGGGGACUGUAAGCCGUGUCCAUGUCCGGCCGGAGCCACCUGCGCUGUCGUCCCCAAGACCAGAGAGGUGGUGUGCACCAACUGUCCCACUGGAACCACAGGUAAGCGCUGCGAGCUCUGUGACGACGGCUUCUUUGGGGACCCUCUGGGUCAGAGCGGUCCGGUACGAGCCUGCCGCGCCUGCAAGUGCAGUGACAACAUCGACCCCAAUGCUGUUGGCAACUGCAACCGCGAGACUGGAGAGUGCCUCAAGUGCAUCUACAACACCGCCGGCUUCUUCUGUGACCGCUGCAAGGAGGGUUUCUACGGCAAUGCCCUGGCCGCCAACCCCGCUGACAAGUGCAAACCCUGCUCCUGCUCUCCGUUCGGUACCGUGGGCCGGCAGACCAGCUGCUCCCAGGUCACUGGUCAGUGCCAGUGUCUCCCCAAUGUCUCGGAGCGAGAUUGCAGCGCCUGCCAGCCCGGCUUCUUCAACCUGCAGAGUGGCGACGGCUGCGAACGAUGUAACUGCAAUCCCAUUGGCUCCACCAACGGUCAGUGUGACAUCACUACAGGUCAGUGCGAGUGUCAGCCCGGCAUCACCGGCCGGCACUGUGAACGCUGCGAGGUCAACUUCUUCGGCUUCAGCUCAUCCGGCUGCAAACCCUGUGACUGCGACCCUGAGGGCUCGCAGUCGGGUCAGUGUAAGGAGGACGGUCGCUGCGAGUGUCGGCCUGGCUUCGUCGGAGCUCGCUGCGACAUGUGUGAGGAGAACUACUUCUACAACCGCUCGGCACCGGGCUGCCAGCAGUGUCCAUCCUGCUACAGCCUGGUCAGGGACAAGGUGAACCAGCAGAGGCAGAAGCUCCAUGACCUGCAGACUCUGGUCGAUAACCUGGGCUCGGGUCAGGAGACCGUCAGUGAUAAGGCCUUCGAGGAUCGACUGAAGGAGGCCGAGAGAGUCAUCAUGGAGCUGCUGGAGGAGGCUAAGGCCAGCAAAGACAUCGACAGAGGCCUUCUGGACCGUCUCAACAACAUCAACAGCAGUCUGACCACACAGUGGAACCGCCUGCAGAACAUCCGCACCAUGGUGGACGACACCGGCGCCCAGGCCGACCGCGCCCGCCACCGGGUCCAAGAUGCCGAGAACUUGAUCGAGCGAGCCCGACAGGAGCUGGACAAGGCCAAAGAUGCCAUCGGCAAAGUGGACAUCAAGCCCCCAAGUGGUACUGGAGAGCCCAACAACAUGACGCUGCUGGCUGAGGAGGCUCGCAUCCUGGCUGAGAAGCACAAGAAGGAUGCUGACCAGAUUGAGAGGAUCGCCAAAGAUGCCAAUGACACAUCAACCAAAGCGUACAACCUGCUGCUGAAGACUCUGGAUGGAGAGGGCAAGACGAGCCAGGAGAUCGACGAGCUCAACAGGAAGUACAAUGAAGCGAAGGAGCUGGCCAAGAGUCUAGAGAAACAAGCCAACAAGGUUCAGGCUGAGGCUGAAGACGCCGGAAACAAAGCUCUGAAGCUCUUCGCCAACCUGACCAGCCUCCCGCCGUUGGACACCAAGGCCUUGGAGGAUGAAGCCAAUAAGAUCAAGAAGGAGGCGUUGGACCUGGGCAAUCUGAUUGAUAAAACAGAGAAGGAGUACAACGACCUCCGAGACGACCUGAAGACCAAAGAGCAGGAAGUCCGCAAACUGCUGGAGAAAGGCAAAAGUGAGCAGCAGACUGCAGAUCAGCUGUUGGCUCGAGCUGACGCAGCCAAAGCUCUGGCCGAGGAGGCGGCGAAGAAGGGUCAGUCGACCUUCAGGGAGGCCGAGACCAUCCUCAGUGACCUCAGAGACUUUGACAGGAGGGUCAAUGACAACAAGACCGCCGCUGAGGAGGCCAUGAAGAAGAUCCCCGCCAUCAACGCCACCAUCAUAGCCGCCAACGAGAAGACCAGACAGGCAGAGGCGGCGCUUGGCAGCGCUGCAGCAGACGCCCAAAUGGCCAAGAAUAAAGCGGAGGAGGCCGAGAGGAUCGCCAGCAACGUGCAGAAGGGCUCCACCAAGACCAAGGAGGAUGCAGAGAAGGCCUUCCAGGACACCAGCAAGCUGGACAACGAGGUCAACGACAUGAUGGAUCAGCUGGGUGCGGCUGAACAGGAGCUGGCCAAGAAGAAGGCCGAGGCCGACCAGGACAUGAUGAUGGCUGCAAUGGCAUCAGACAGCGCUAAGGAGGCGGAGGACAACGCCCGCAAGGCCAAGAGUGCUGUGAAGACUGUGCUGAACACCAUCACCGCCCUGCUAGACCAGCUGGGAAAUAUCGAUAAGGUGGACCUGAGCAAACUAAAUCAGAUCGAUGAGUCGUUGAAGAGGGCCAAGGACAAGAUGGCUGAAGGCGACCUGGACAGGAAGCUGGCGGAGCUGAACGAUGUGGCACGGACCCAAGAGGAGAUGAUCAACGACUAUGACCGGCAGAUCCACGAGAUCCGUGCUGACAUCGCCAACCUCAACGACAUCAAGAACACGUUACCCGACGGCUGCUUUAACACGCCAUCUCUGGAGAGGCCGUAACCCCGCUCUCCUCCUCCGUCCCUCCACCAACACUCCCCCCUUCACAUCCAACACUCCGGCAGACAUGCCGACCUCUACCAAAACCGUUUUUUAAACUUUGUCUUGUCUUUGUUUUUCUUUUACGAGAGAAGCCGAUAUUUCAGCCAUGUUCACGGUUUUUAACGAAAGAGAAGCAGCUGGUUUUGUUUUAUCUUUAGGUUUUAUGAGAUGCAGUAACAUGGUUACGGCAGAAUGAACUAAGCGGCGUAGAGAAGCCACGAGGAGAUGUGGAAGAACUUCGAAGAAAAACCAGAACCACAAACCCGACGUGACUGCACCCGUCUGUUCCAUAGCAGGUUUCGCCGACAGAGAAACCGCCUGGGAGUUUCCUCUCACCACCAGAAACAUCCUCUCAUGUUAUUUUCUGUGUCUCACCAGCCAUUACCCAUCAUGCCUGGGGACACACCAGCUAUUUCAGUGUGUUACAGUUUGCAGCUGUGCACCACCACCUGCAGUGUUUUUCUGUGUUUUAUUUUUAAACCAACCAUGAUUUCAGAAACCACACAGUGAAGGAAUCCUCUCAUUUUUCUCCCAAAGCUACGAGCCUGACACAAAUGGCAAAAGAAAAGUAUUUUACUUCUCUUUUCUUCGACAGUAUUUCACCUCCAACUGGUUGUGUUGUCGAGCAAAGCCACAGCCACUUCGCUGGUGUUUAAAAACGCCCCUGAAGUCCUGGAAAAUUUAUUUUUAAAAUCUUGCAUGUAUAAGAUAACUUGUUCCCAGGUGAUCUGCAUCAUGCCAUCAUGAUUUAUGAUGGAUCCCACAAAACAAGGUUCUUAUGUCUUGUCUAUUUUGUAUCUUUGUUUUUGUGCACAAAAUUAUAAUUUGUGUACAGAAGAUACUAUUUUGUGCUCUCAGGAUCCAUAUGUUGUGUAGAGAAGUUAUAGCCUUGUUAAUAGAAGAUGUGGAAGGUGGGUUAGGGUUGCAAGACAUCAUCCUGUCUGCACAAGAUAUGGAUGCUGUACAUACAACUGAUUGUGUAUGUGCAAGAUAAUUUCUUGACCUUAUGAAGAUACAGUAUUGUUCAAAAUAAUAGCAGUACAAUGUGAUUAACCAGAAUAAUCCAGGUUUUUAG